UGUUCGUCAGUGUCACCGCAAACAGUGGCUAACAAAGGGCAAUUCCAUGCAGCUAAGUUACAAUGUUGUGUUUAUUGUCUCGAUAUUUAUUUCUCCACAGUGUUUUAAUUGCUCAUUUAAUAUGGAACAGUUCAGUGGCUGGAGGGAGUAAAUUGAAAAUUGACGAUGAGUACUCUGAUAGUCCUAAUAGACAAUUCCACUGCUGCGCAAAACACCAGAAAAAAAUCGGCGUUGGACACGGUAUCUCAGGAGAGAUUAUAACGAUUGAUGCAGGUAUAUGUCGAAAAGUAUGCCCCAGACAUAAUACUGAUGAUCCGGGAGAUCCUAGUAGACCGGCUGUUCAAAGAUGUCCACUUCAUUCGCAAUGUCAUCCACGAACAGCUCGGAUGGAGCGAAUUUCCACUCUUCAGGGAGUAAAAAUAAUCGAAACUGUCGACACAUGUGACUGCUGGCAAGAAUCAGGAUGUGCACGAGUGUCUUUCGAACAAUUAGUUCACUCUGGAACUCCGUAUCAAGUAGCAAUGGACAUAGGACGAUGUCUAGGGUUGUGUUCCAAAUCCCUGACAUGUCAACCCCUCAAAAAUAGUACGGUCAGCGUCAAGGGGCCCAAUGGCGAUGAAAUUUAUCAAAUUAUUGACAAAUGCGGCUGUGCCAACAAUUGUCACAGAAUGGACAGAACCGAAAGCGUUCUUGACUACAGUCAACUAGAGAUAAAACCGGGAAUCAACACAAGUGACGUGAAACCAGUUAUCAGGCACAUAAAUGUAGGUCAGUGUGUGGGUUUUUGCCCGGGUAAUGAAACCGAGACAUGUCUUCUUAGAGAUAAAAAAGAGCCAACCAGAUGCCUAGCGGCGCUUUAUUCAAAACAUCACAAUUGUACACCAGCCAGAUUCAAAGUUCACGAAUACAGGACACGCAGAGGCUCCAAACGGGAAAUAAUUCAAAUUGUCGAGUGUACCUGUAUAUUAUAGAAUGUAAAAUCUAUGUGGAAAAAGACGAUUCAACGAUGAUGAAAAACAUUGGUUGCUAUAAAAAAGACGACUUUAGUCUGACGUUCACUUCAUUCCCAUCUGGUAGGUACAGGAGAUGACGAAUUACUUGAUCUCAUGGUCGUGUCCUCGAAGAUCUUUUGGAGCUACGUCACUAUUUCUUUCUUUUCUUUCUCCCUCAUUAUUCUUGGAAUGUUGAAUAGAGGAUCUCGCGUUUCUCUUUAUUUAAUCCUAUAUGGGGAAUUGGCGGUAUAAUAUUCUUCGGGAUUCUACCGUCGAGUUUCGAGACGUGUUGUUCCUCGAUGGGAAUCACGUUCUGUUGGAUCAAUUAAUUUUACAUUAGCCCUUUGUUCUGUUAUUCUAUUUGAUAUGAAACUGAUGAAACGGUUCAACUAUACAUAGAUUAGUGAUUCUUGGAGAA